AUGAAGUUCUUCACCAUCGCCACUCUCUUCCUCGGCGCGGCCGUCGCCGCUCCCAAGGAAGCCACCAAACAGGCUACCGGGGCCACGGAGAGUAAGGAAGCCACCGAGGGUGGCUACGGGGGAUACGGCUACGGCGGUAAUUACGGUGACGGCUACGGUGGAUACGGUUACGGCCGUGGAUAUGGCUGGGGAGAUUACUACAAGCGGGACCAGGGCGAGGCCGAUGCCGGCCUGCAGAAGCGCGAUGAAGCCGGUGGCUACGAUCGUGGAUACGGCUACGGCGGCUAUGGAGGCUAUGGCUGGGGCCCCUACAAGCGUGAAGAGAGCGAAAUUGCAAAGCGUGACAACCAGGGCGGUUACGGAGGUUACGGCUACGGUGGAUAUGGGUAUGGCCGUGACUAUGGCUAUGGAGGCCGCCGUGGCUGGGACUACGGCUACGGCCGCGGCUGGUGA